GUCUGUGCCAUGCCUGGCGCUCCUCUCCUGGACAGCUUGGCCAUCUCCACCUCAGGAGGGCCGGCUUCUCUUGAGCAGCUCCUGCCUCCUGUGGCCUCUGCCGACCUCAGAGCCAACUGCAGAGGGCAGGCCCGCGGGGCUCUGCCCCACAGCACCAUGAUGGGAAAACUCCCUCUCGGGGUUGUCUCUCCUUAUGUGAAAAUGAGUUCGGGGGGCUGCUCUGACCCUCUGAAGUUUUAUGCUACCAGCUACUGCACAGCCUAUGGUCGGGAGGAGUUCAAGCCCCGAAUGGGGAGCCAUGUAGGUACAGGCUACAAAUCCAACUAUCGGCCUCUGGUCUCCUACCAACCCCAUCUGGAUACCCUGGACAAUCCAGCCAUAGGGGAACAGAUUCGUGACACUUCCAAGUCUGUGACCAGUCAGAGCUACUGUCCCCUAGAAGUGCCUGAUGGCAAACACCCCAUGCCCUGGAACCUGUACCAGACCACCUCUGGCUAUGGGCGAGAGAAGCUCAAUACUGGACCACUUUCCAAGGAGGUUAAGAAGGUCCAUUUCGAUACCCAGGAUCAUGGACCUCAGACCAUCACAGGACUGGAGCCCAAGGAGGUUCCCCUGCUCCACCAGCAGCAGGGCAAGGGCUCUGUGGAGUGGGAGAACUCGCACUAUGGUCCACGCUUCAUGGCUUCCGAGUACAAUUCCAAGUAUAUCAAGGAAGCUCCAAACCAUUCAGAUCUCUUGCUCAAGAAGACGAUUGGUUCCAAAGAAGAGACUGGCUUCACUGAAGAGUCAACCAAGAAUCCCUUCCAGCCGCCCUCACAGGCAUAUCCUGGGGACCCCGUCCCCCACCCAGGACGGAGCAUCACCAAGUCGGACUUCCUCCCUAUAAGUCACCCUCAGGGAAGUGAGUUUCUCCCUGUGCUGUCCAGAGGCUCUGAUCGGGACACAGGAUACAGCCGAGUGAAUGAAAGGAUCUUGAACCCCAGAAUGCCUGCUCCAAGCCCACAGCCUGCCAGCAUGAGCCACAGGUCCUACCAGCCGCCCCAGCGGAUGCAACAGACAAACGUUGCCCUGCUCGGCAGGGAGUCUGUGGGGAACAAGGAGCCCACAGGGUUCACUAUUAACAACCCCAGCUACGUCCGGAGCUCCUAUGAAUCGGACAGAGACCAACGGUACCUGACUACCUACAACCAAGGGUACUUCGAGAACAUCCCCAAGGGACUGGACCGAGAAGGCUGGACUCGAGGUGGCAUCCAGCCCCAGAAAACAGGAGGCUAUGCCCUCAACGAAUCUAUUACCCGAAUGGACACCACUCCGAACCCCACAGAGACCCUGCGGCAGCUGCACCCUCAUGUGGGAAGAACCUUGACUUCGAUUGACCUCUUCUAUCGAGACACUCCUCAUAGCAACCGCUACACGGCUACCAGCUGA